AUGAGGAGCGGACGAGAAGGAGCUAAAGAGAGGGAGAAUGAGGAGAAGACGGAACGAAUUCGUGGAUGCCAGCCACUCGUUCCUUUUAUUCGAAGGCCGGCCGCAUUGGUUUUUGCCCUUUCUGUUAUUCCGCCCACGUUGGCGCUCUCCGUGUCGAUAACACUCUAUAACGAGCGUCAUCGAGGGAAGUUUUCCUCUCUCAGUAGUGACAGUGAGGGCGUAGAGAUUGCGGUCGCCUACCUAGUGCAGUCUUAG